AUGGUUGAGAUGGUGCAUGCAACAACUUGUGGCGGUGGUAUCAGUGAGGAAUAUAAAAAGUUUAUCAGCGGCGGCCUUUGGACUAUAGAGCAUUUUAAUCGGAAAAAGCGUUCGUCAGUUACAACUCAUCACCGUCGCAGAUCGCGAUUGGUACCGCCGCCGCUCCAAAACCCCCAAUCCCCUUCCCCUUCCUCACCUAUGGCGCAGCCCGUCCCUGACCAUCCGCCGGCGGCGGCGAUGACGGUGGCGGAGCUGGAGGUCGCCAUCGCUGCCCUCCCUGCUAAGAAGGACGCCCUGCGCGAGGCCUUCGAUCGCCUCGCCGCCUGCUCGCCCUUCCCGCUCCCCUUCGCUUGGGAGGACCUCGACGCCCACAUAUCCUCGCUCCAGUCGUCCAUCUCGCUGCGCUUCCGCCAGCUCCGGGUCCUCGAGGCCGGCCGCCCCGCCCCCGCCGUUCCCGCGCCGGCGGAAACCCUCGACGACGGGAAGACCAAGAACCAGGACCAGGAAGAGGAAGCCAGUGAGGAGGAAGAGUGGGAAGAGGUAGAGGAGGUGGUGGAUGAGGAGAUGCAGGAAACCGACGACGAGAUGGACAAGAACCAGGAGGGGGAGAUGAACAAGGCCGACGAUAAUAUGGGCAACGAUAGAAAGGACGACAAGGAGGCCAGAGAGCAGGAGGAAGAAGAAGUUGAGGAGGAGGAAGAAAUUGAGGAGGAAGAGGAAGUUGAGGAGGAUAAGGAAGAGGAGGAGGCCGACGACAAGAUUGGCAAUAAGACCGAGGACGAGAAGGAGGCUAUAGAGGAGGAGGUGGCCAGUGAGAAGGAAGAGCAGGAUGCUGACGAUGAGGUGGCCAAUGAGGAGCAGAAUACCCAAGAUGAUAUGAAGGUGUCGAAGGACAAGGAGGAGUCUUACGAGGAGCAGGACACUGACAUGGAUGAGGUGGUGGCCAAGAAGGCGUCUGCAGUGCAGGUCAAGGGGCACGAGGCUUGCGGGGAGGAGCAGGAGGAAGAAGAAGAGUCUCAAGAGGAGGAGCAAUGCGCCAAAAAUGCUAAUAAGACUCCUCCAGAUGCCAGUAAGGAUCUUGUGGCAGCAUGCGCAAGCAUGAACAUCAGAAAGCUUGUCAAGUUUGUGUGCAACAGCAUCACGCUCAGGCAAGAGUUCCCUGUUGCGAUGCGCCAUGCACCAGAUGCCGCAGCACUCGCCCUCCAUGUAGUUAAGUUAUUCCUACACAACAACAAGCUCAAAACCAACAAGGUCUGGGGGAAAUGCGUGGGGCUAAUUCAGUGUGUACCUGCGGCGGCUGCGAAGCCUUCUGUAGACACUUUAGAGCAGGCCAAGCGGGUGGCAAAGGAUUGGAAGGAGAUGAUUGAGAAGCCCAGGAGUUAUGGGGACCUUGGCGUCCUGGCCUCAUGGGGCCUCCUCUACUUCCUCAUCUCCUAUGACAUUGUAUCGGAAUUUGACACCAAUGAGAUAAUGCGUCUAUUUGGUACUGUCCCACGCAAACAGCUGAAAAACAACACCAGACAUCUCUGCAAGGGUCUUGGGCUCGCUGAUAGGAUCACAGACUUAAUUGAUUAUUUGAUUGGAAAUGGACAAGAUCUGGAUGCUGUACACUUGGCACAUGUUUUUAAUUUGGUGGACAAGUAUCCUCCAGUUUCUCUUCUGAAAGGAUACCUUGAAAAGUCAAAACAGACUGUUAUGGAGAUAUUUGAGAAGAAUAUGACACGCAAGUCCCAGAAUCAAGUUAUAGCAAAGGAGGUUGAUAGUCUAAGAGUUGCACAGAAUGUAGUUAAACAGCAUAUCACUGAUUCAAGCCAAAGCAGUAUUAUUUUGGUGGAAAUUAAAAAUCUAUUAGAUGAUUAUGCAAAGAAGAAGCGAGGUUUAGCAAAUGCCUCUACCGCCUCAACUUCAAAUUCGCAGCAGCAGGAAAAGCAGAGUUAUAAGAAGCGCAAGAAAGAAGAGCAGGAGCAGGAGCAGGAGCAGCACAAUGGACAAGAGAGCCAGCAGCAAGGGCAACAAACUAAGCCAGGAGAGAAGCUGGAGCAGAAACAAAAUAAGCCACAACAGAAGCAGCAGAAACAAGAAAAUAAGUCGCAACAGCAACACUUGAAACGGCCAAGGCAAUUUACUCCAAAGUUACCAACAUCGGUUACUCCUGCGAUUCCGAACAUGGCACACAGAGGCCACUUUGGCCAUCCACCAUAUACCGCAAUGCCUGGAGUUCACAGUUAUCCUACGCAACCAAGUUGGCCUGGAGUUCAAGGUGUGCAGUUUGCGCCGCAACUUGGAGCACCUCAGCACAUACUACCGUUUAAUCCCUUCUACCCUCAUCCACACUAUCCAAUGUAGCAUUGAGUUGCUGAGUGAAACACAGAUUAUACAUAGAAGUUCAGAGAAAUAACCUGAUAUUGUUUCGUUUCCUUGCUA